AUGAUUAUUCUCAGGUUUAGGUCCAAGGACGGAAUGUUCCGGAUCAGUGCUGAUCCACAGGCAGAUUUCCUUCUCGUGUUGGAGGAGCUCUUCAACAAGCUCAAGAAUCAAGAUCCUCAGCUGACUUAUAUCAGCGAUAAGCCUGGACAAAAGGGCGAAUUGGCCAACAGCUUGUGUGGCAAGUCGGUAGAGCUGUUGGGAUUGAAGAAUGGUGACAUGUUGUAUGUGACUGGUGGAGCCUCUGCCUCUACAGCUGCUUCCGCUGGAGGUGUUAGUGUCAGUGGAAACACCGUCAGUGGCACUGUUAGCAUCGCCAACACGGUUGACAUCAAGAAGCCAGAUGAGCUUAAGCCUUCUGCAGGGUCUGAAGUAGAUGCUGCCUAUGAGAAGUCCGACGGACUCAUCAAACGUCCACGAUCCACAUAUUGUCGUCAUGGUGAUAAGGGUAUGUGCGAGUACUGCUCGCCUCUUCCUCCAUGGGACGCCAACUACAGAAAGGAAAACAGCAUCAAGCACAUGUCUUUUCAUGCACAUCUCAAGGAGUUGAACGACGCCAAAAAUAACCGUAAUAAUGCCUCCUCAUACAUUCAUCCGUUGGACGAGGCGAACUACAAAAUCGACUUGACUUGCACAAAUGGCCACAAGGCGUACCCCCGCGGUAUAUGCUCCAAGUGUCAGCCAUCUCCUAUCACGCUUCAGCUCCAGAAGUUUAGAAUGGUGGACCAUGUGGAGUAUUCCGAUUUCCAUAUAUUGAACAAGUUCAUUGAUUCUUGGAGACAAACAGGGGUCCAGAGGUAUGGAGUGUUGUACGGACGGUACGAAGCCUUUGACAAGGUGCCAUUGGGAAUUAAGGCAGUGGUGGAGGCCAUCUACGAGCCCCCACAGGCGGGUGAAGCCGAUGGUAUUACCCUUUUGCCUUGGGAAAAUCAGGAACAAAUAGACUCAGUGGCCCAGCUGUUAGGAAUGUAUCAGGUGGGUGUUGUAUUCACCGAUUUGACGGACUCCGGAAAUAAUGAUGGAACCGUGUUGUGCAAGAGGCACAAGGACAGUUACUUUUUAACGAAUUUGGAGAUUCUUAUGGCUGCUAGAAACCAAGCUGCCCAUCCUCUGACCACCCGCCAUUCUUCAUCAGGAAAGUACUCCUCCAAGUUCGUUACUUCAGUCAUAAGUGGAGGCCUUAAGGGAGAAAUCGGGCCCAGAUCGUUUCAAGUUUCUGCCAGUGCCGAAGCUUUGGUGAAAGCAGAGAUAAUGAGUGCCUCAACACAGCCAUCGAAGUUGCUUGUCAACUCCAAUAACGAUACCAGAUACGUUCCCGAUAUAUCUUACCUGGAAAUCAACGAAUACGGGUUAGAAGUGAAAUCUAACGCCAAACCGGCAUUUCCUGUUGAUUUCUUGCUUGUAUCCUUGACUGACUCGUUCCCUCUCGAGCCCAAGCCAUUUUUCAACAGCUCGUCAUCGUUCCCGAUCGAAAAUAGAGACUUCAUGGGAGAAUUGCAGAACUUACCACAACUCUACCUGUACCUUAAUGGAGGAGCAGGAAACGGAGAGAAUUUGUGCGAUUUACACUUCUUGGGGUUUGUGGCCAAGACAGGAAUUUUGGGCCCAGACGAGUUGCAAUCUAUGCUUCGGUACGUCAAGGACAGGGAUGAAGGUGAUUACUUGCAAUUGGUGGAGAGUCCUGGUUGGAUGACAUUGCUUACCAUUGCGGAACAGAGUAGCUAG